AUGGGUGUAGCAUCAACGCUCAUGUCGCGAUUCUGCAGGAUCUUACCACCCGUUACUAUCAUCACGAUAUGCUUCUACUCCCUCAUCAAACUCUCCCUCUUUUCCAACGCAGUUGCACCCGAUCCUGGGAGAUGGAAGAAUCACGCCUUGGAUUUUGUUGAUGAAGACGAAGACUACAUCCCGACAUUCGAGACGACUGUCGUUCCAACACCUCGUCAGACCUCAGCAGCGCAUAUCGAAGAUCUCGAGAAUAAGGGAGAGAUUGGAGACUUUGCUGAUGAUGAUGAGUUUCUUCCAUUUGUUAACAUCGAGGACGAUGGGGAUUGGGAUGAGGAGGAUCUUCAGGAGAUGAGUGGUGAGAAGCAUGAGAAUGAGACUGUUGAUGAUGAUGAUGAUGAUGAUGGAGGCGACUGGUCUAGAUUUGCUUACAUUCAGUACGUGACGAAUGAGGAUUAUCUGUGCAACUCGGUCAUGAUAUUUGAGGCGCUGCAUCGGUUGGGAAGCAAGGCGGACAGGCUGUUGAUGUAUCCGCAGGAGAUGCUUGACCCAGAGGCCGAGCACGCAAGCUCGCAUGGUGGAAAGCUUCUCAUCAGGGCAAGAGAUGAGUAUAACGUCACUCUUCAGCCCAUUGAGAUUCAACACCGCGAUGGACAGGACGAAACCUGGGCCGAUUCCUUCACUAAGCUCCUCGCCUUCAACCAAACCCAAUACGAACGGGUCCUCUCCCUCGACUCAGACAGCACGGUCCUCCAACACAUGGACGAACUCUUCGAACUCCCCCCUUGUCCCGUCGCCAUGCCCCGCGCAUACUGGCUCUACAACGACAACCCACCCAAGAAGAUCCUCUCCUCCCAACUCAUGCUGAUACAACCCGACGAGGUUGAAUUCGAGCGCAUUGUCCAGAAGAUGAACAGCAUUGGACCAAACGACUACGACAUGGAGAUCGUCAACAGUUUAUACCUCGACAGCGCUCUUAUCCUGCCUCACAGGAAGUACGACAUGCUCACCGCGGAGUUCAGAGCCAAAGACCAUUCAGCAUAUCUCGGUAGUGAGAGGGCACAGUGGGAUCCUAACGCUGCACUAAACGAAGCCAAGUUUGUGCAUUUUUCGGACUGGCCUGUUCCCAAGCCAUGGAUUAAUGACCCUGAGAGGGAGAUCUGGAAUGGGUUCUAUACUGAUUUUAGGGAUAAUAGAGAGAGAGUUUCCUAUGAGGCUACAAAGCUUGAGGACGCCAAGGACCAUCCUCUGCGCAAAGACAAGCAACGUUCGGCACGGUAUUUCGAACUACUUGAAGCCCGCCGCAAGCUUCCAGUCUCUUUCAUGCGGCGGAAAUUUCUUAGUGCUUACCAUAGUAACAAGGUUAUCGUCCUUUCCAGCGAAACUGGCGCGGGAAAAACCACACAAAUUCCCCAGUUUGUCUUUUGGGAUGAAUACGCCAGCAAUAAGAAAAUUAUCUGUACGCAGCCAAGACGGCUGGCUGCAAGAUCUGCAGCUCAGCGAGUUGCGCAAGAGAUGGACGUUAAGCUAGGCGAAGAGGUUGGAUAUUCCAUCCGUUUCGACAAACGCACCUCGAAGGAAAAUCGUCUCUGCUACGCCACAGAUGGGAUCCUCCUCCAUCAGGCAAAAACAGAUCCCAUGUUCUCAGACUACGCUUGUGUCAUCCUCGACGAAGCACACGAGCGCACCCUCAACACAGACAUCUUGAUGGCGCUCUUGAAGAAGGCUCUACUUGUCCGCGAUGACCUCAAGGUCAUCGUCAUGUCUGCCACCCUCGAAGUUGACAAGUUUGUGCAAUACUUUGUUGGCGCUAAGCGGUUUACUGUGAGCGGUCGCAUCUUUCCGAUCGAGGUUGGAUACAUCGAAAAUCCAACCCAGGACUACCUAUCCCUUGCCCUUCACACUGCCAAACAUACCCACGAGCAAGAUAACAAAGAGGCGAGCAUCACAAUCGAUGGUGUUGUUUACGUGAUUGAUACUGGCCUGGUAAAGGAGCCCGGAUCUCACCCUCGACUUGGAUGUGAUACCCUUAGAACGACGCCUAUAUCCAAAGCGUCAGCGCGGCAGCGUGCUGGGCGCGCCGGCCGUACCAGGCCAGGCUUCUGUUAUCGGAUGUACACGAAGAAGCAUUUUGACGAGAUCCUUCUUCCUUCAACACCGCCCAGUAUCCUCCAAAGUAACCUGUCAGAAAUGGUACUGAAACUCAAAGCUCUAGGCUUUCACGAUCUCGCGAACUUCGACUUUAUUGACCCUCCCCAUCCGGAACCCAUCUUCCGUGCGUUUGAAGAUCUCCUUUGGAUGGGUUUCUUGGAUGAAGAAGGCUCAAUUACGAUCAAAGGCAAACUGGCCGCAAAGCUGCCAAUCCACCCGGCUUGGUAUAACGCUUUCGCCGAGGCGUCGAGCCUGGGAUGUGGUGACGAAAUGAUUACAAUUGCUGCACUUGAGAGCACCCAGCAGUCGAUGUUUCUUCGCCCCCAGCCUUUUCGUUAUGCGGCGGACUUGGCCCGCCAACGCUUCUUUUGUCCGGUGUCGGAUCAGAUGACCCUCAUGAAUGCAUUUCAUUCGUACGUCAGAACCAAAAAUCAGUUCCAGGAUCUUAUGGGUAAGGACGCUGAUAAGGCUGUGGACGAAUGGUGUGCGGACGCAUUCAUCAACCGAGGUGUUUUGGAGGAGGCGGUCAGGCUACGACAGCAAUUGGAAGAAUCCUUCCAAUAUCUUUUCGGUAAACAGCCUGCCGUCUCGGACUUCCUGAGUCCCGACUACGAUGUCAACAUCCGCAAAGCACUGGCUCGCUCGUUCUUUUACCGUUCCGCCAUCCGUGACCCAGCUGGCCGAGACUGGUACAGGACUGUCCAUGGCAACUGGCCAGCUGGCCUCGAUCCUGAUAGCAGCCUGGUCGGAUGUCGCCAUGAAUGGGUCAUCUAUGGUGGCUUUUCUUACAACGCCUAUCAAUACCUGUCUUCAGUCACAGCUGUUGAUCCGAAAUGGUUAAUAGAUCUCGACUAUUUCCAAGAUGCCAAUCUGGCGAAGAGAGGAGACGGGAGGCUGAAACAGCCACAAGUCUUUCACUCGCUCGCCAAAGCUCGUGAAGCUCAAAAGGGCAACACUCCUGUUUAA